UACUUACGGUUUAACUUGACUGCUGAGAAAUCAGAUCCUGAAGUUGCGUUGUGUGAAUGGACUAGCGGGGAUGUGGUCGGUUUAAAACCCCAAAUAUUGUGACACCGUAUUCCCGUAAACCGAUAACAACCGGACAGGGUGCUGCUUCAGAAGACGUAGCAGGGUGGACGAGGUCAUUUCGCUGACGACUUGAUACUUUUUUGGAGGCCCGGGGGGGAAAAACAUUUAAGCUAACGAUAAGUAGCCACCAUGUCGUGGGAAGAAAUACCUUGUUUUCUGGCCUCGCCUCUGUUCUCGGCUCUGCCCCGUUUCUCUGCUCUCUGAUCCCACCGGACAAAACAAGCAGAGGUAACUUUCGUACUCAGCUGUCAAUGCAGCUAACACUCAGCUAGCCUCAUAAAUUAGUCAACACCGUCGGUUUUACUCGAGCUUAACGUUACUAGCCUCCGAGCCAUGGCGGACAGCUUUGGAGAGCCGUCAAGCGGCGGUGCCCUUGGCUUAGGCGUCACCGGACAGGGAAGCGGAGCUCCGCUGUUGCCGACUUUGGCCAACUCUCUGCCGGUAGGACACUCGUCAGCCAGCGGUUCUCACUCCGGCGCUAACCCGGCCUCCCCUCCACCCGCAGCGGCCGCGCAGAGUGGCCUAACCGCCGUGGUGGCCUCUAUGUCCGCCGUCACUGCUACCCCAGCUGUUUUUGGGAACACAUUCACGCCCGGCUCCUCACCGCCCGUCGUGGCCGUGUCUCCGACCGUACAUACCUCCUCACCUCUCCCCGGUGUUGGACUAGGGGUCGGCGGGGUGGCCGGAGUGGUAGGAGCGGGCCUCCUGUCCCAAAUCCACGCCACUUCCUGGGACCCGACCCUGAGUACGGACUGGGACAACGAGAAGGCUUCACAGCAAUGCAUCCUGAGGAUAAAGAGGGAUAUCAUGUCCAUCUACAAGGAACCUCCACCAGGCAUGUUUGUCGUCCCUGAUCCUCAAGACAUGACCAAGAUCCACGCCCUGAUCACAGGGCCAUUCGACACACCGUACGAGGGAGGCUUCUUCCUCUUCCUGUUCCGCUGCCCCCCCGACUACCCCAUCCAUCCACCGCGGGUCAAGCUUAUCACCACCGGACACAACACUGUCCGCUUCAACCCCAACUUUUACCGCAACGGCAAGGUGUGCCUCAGCAUCCUGGGGACAUGGACAGGCCCAGCAUGGAGUCCAGCUCAGAGUAUUUCAUCUGUCCUCAUCUCCAUCCAGUCUCUGAUGACAGAGAACCCUUAUCACAAUGAACCUGGAUUCGAACAGGAGCGCCACCCAGGGGACAGUAAGAACUACAACGAGUGCAUCCGCCACGAAACCAUGAGGGUGGCUGUGUGCGACAUGCUGGAGGGUAAAGUCCCCUGUCCCGAGGCUCUGUGGAGUGUGAUGGAAAAGUCCUUCCUAGAAUACUAUGAUUUCUACGAGGGAGUCUGUAAAGAGAGACUGCACCUACAGGGACAGAACAUGCAGGACCCAUUUGGCGAGAAGCGCGGUCGUUUUGACUACCAGGGCCUGCUGGCUCGCCUCAGUGCCACCCACAGGCGAAUAAGGGAGAAAAGCCUGGCAGAGGACGAGCACAACAAUGACGAUUCAGACUCAGACACCAGCUCUUCUGGGACAGACCCUGACAGCCAGGGCAGCUCCCAGCCAUGACUGCGCUGGAUUUAAAGCCAGGCCAAGAACUAAAGACAAAGGGACCUUUUUUUGUUUUGUGUGCAGUGGAGGAACAAAAUCACAGAAGAGAAUGCAACACCUACGCUAAAGUGAGUCCAGGGUUCAGGAUUGGAAUCAAGCUUCUGUUGUACGGAUGUUGCAGAGAGGGAGAAGAAAUGGUAGCGGUCUCUUGGCGAUGAGAAAUAAGCACCGUCCACUAGUCAAAUGCUGGUAAAUUUGGCCUGGAGUGGUGUAUUUGUGCUACUUUCGUAGCUAACCAGCUGUUAUUUUUGAUGCUGUCAGAUUGAUUCUAAAACCCAAGUUGACUGCCCGAAUGCCUGUUAGAUUUUGAGAUUAACCAGCCACUGUUGCUUGUGGAUAUAAAAGGUUAGUUUCGUGGCUAUAGAACGCACUGUAGGAAUGGACAAAAAGCCCACAAGCUUUCACAAUCUGGUCAUGCUUUGAAAUCGAGACAGGUUUGGACCAAAAGAAGGGACAGUCAGGGCCUGAGUUGGCUGUAGCAGCAGAAGGUGAUGGCGUUCAUCAGGCUCUCCUUCAUCAAUUCAAGAGGGGAGGAAGGAAAGACAAACCUUUUUAUCAAUGGAAGGUAGUUUGAGAUAGUGACUGUUUGGCAAGGAUUUGCUAGUCACGUGCCUUGUCUCCUCCGGCCAGGGUGAAGCCACGCCGCAGCUCUUUCAGACUGGACUUCAGCCGCCUGUACAGCCAGGCCACAAAAAACAACAGCAGCUCGCGAUUCUAAAUGAUUCCAGUGUAUUAUACAAAAGGUUCUGCUUAACUUUCACUUCUAAUAGUGCUAUUGAAAUCUGUUUACCAGAUAAGAAGCCAUUAGAGAAAUGUCAGUUUCAUUGACAUCCACCUUUAUACCCUUUUGUUAUGCUGUUUCUCAUUGUUGUGCUGAAACUAAUGCUAAUUUGCAGUGUGUUGUAGGGUACAUUGUUUAUUUGGAAAACCCUGCUGUUCUUUGGGUUGCUGGCUCUCGUGAUUAAGAUACAAACCAAACCAUCUGAUGCUUUAGCUCGAUUCGCCCAGGCCCUGGGGACCUGAUGGAGGCAAGCAUACAUAACUUUCCAUGUGUUCAUACUGCAAGUAACUCAGUGACUCCGUUCUGACUGAAUAAAGGGCCAGAGCAAAGGCUUUGGUUUUAUCUGUACAGAGGUGACGCAGAAGGCAAAUCAAGCUGUUUCACGGCUUGGAUUUGCUCUCUACAUAUUUUAUUUAACAUUUAAAAUUGGCAUUUGUUAACAUGCAUCUGAAAAAAGGGUCUAUUGUCAAGGUAUUCCAAACUCUAUUUUGAAAUACUGCUAAACCAAACCACAAAACAAAAAUCUGUAUCAGGGGAUAUGGCUUAUAUAUAAUUGUAGUUGGCAACAAAAAUCAGGGCAUUUAUAUUUUUCAGUCCGUUUUAGUAGAAACCAAACAAACUCAUUCAUCAACGACACAUUUCCAAAAUGAAUCAACUUGUGGACAGCGUUGCUUGCAGUCUGAACACAGUGAGAGAUGUUCUCUAGGAAAAGAAAAGAAGCAAGCAGAGUAUGUGGGGGCUUUCUGAGCAGUGGAAACCCUCCAAAAGGAAACGUUACAGACUUUAAGUCAAUCUCAAUACUCACAUGCCUGUUGUACAUUGACGCAUUGAUUGUUGUAAUCAUUGCAACGGAGAUCCCUUUCUAGCUUGACUCAACUGUAAGGCUUGACAGUCCUUGUUCCAGUUCAAGUUAUACAAAGCGGAGAGCCACCGAUCUGACUUUAUUCACUGACCCCUGAAGCCUCGUAUAAGCUUCAGAUUGACUUUUAUGCGAUGUUAGGAAGGGAUCUCUUCACAGUUCGUAUGGAGAGGAGGAAUGAUUAUACUCUUUCAAUGCAUGCACAGGAUGUGAGUUUUGUAUUGUGAUAGAGUUGAACCUAUGUUUUCAAGGAACAGUUUUAUAUUUUGCGAAAUACACUCAUCGGCUUAUUUGUUGAAUAAGAAGAUUGAUGUCACUCUUAUGUCACAUGGUCACAUGUACAGGUAAUACGAAGGUACAGCUAGCAGUUGGUUAGCUGGAGCUUAGCUCCGUCCAAAGGUUACAAAAUCCACAUACCACACCCUGUGAUGAUUCACAUUACAUCUUGUUUGUUUUAUGGGUACAAAGUCAAAAUGUAAAAAUGAUAAUUGGCCAUUUUACAGGGAGAUCACAAUCCCCUUUAACACCAUAAAAGGUUUUUACACUUUGUUUUUUAUUCAGAUGAAACAUUGAAACGUAGAAAGUGUUAGCGAGCUUUGGAGGUGCUGCUGGGAGGAUUUUGAUACCUUUGGACAGAGCUAGUCGAGCUGUUUGCCCCUGUUUCCAAUCUCUGUGCUAAACUCAGCUAACUUGCUGAUGGCUGUAACUUCAUAUUGAAUAGACAUGACAUCUGUACCAAAAUGUUGAACUGCUCCUUUAAAUCCAAAAGUAUCAGCAUACCGCCCCUCUAAUACUCUACCCAAGAUGCUUUCCAACAUGGUGAGGCAAGGUGUCUUUGUAUUUCCUUUCUGCCUUCCAUUGUCCUCCAGUGUCUGCCUUUAGUGCUCUCUUCAGCCACAUUGAUGAAGAGAGAAGUUUGCCUCUGCUGUUAGUGUUUUUGUCCAAACCCUGGUCCACUGGCAAGGGUUCAGUCGCUAACGAUUCAAAUGGGAUCACUAAUAUAGGGCAUUCCUUUUUAUUUGUUUUAUUAUGUUAUAGAAUGGUUAUAUGAGAAGCAGCUCCUAGCAGAAUAUAUGUGAUUGCCAAAAUGUUUGAUUGCAACACGCUUCCUGAAGUAAAGAAAUCAUAUCCCUGUUUGGUUGUGUUGUGUUGUGCUUAAAGCAGGGUUCUUCUGUGGCUCUAUAAAGGAUUCCUGGCAGAAGUGAUUAUUUCCAGGUCUUAAAAAUGUUGGUAUUGUACAGAGGUUCUGGAAAAGAAUAAAAUGUUGUUCAGUCCUGAA